AUGCAAACCGAUGCGCUGACUGACAGUCUUCCAGGCUAUGACGACGAAGUGAUCGGCGGGCUUCUAACGGCAAGCGCAUUCAGGGAUACAUUUCACCUCAGUUCCUCCAUAGAGGGCACGGUGACCGCUCUCUUCGUCAUCGGUUGUUUGGUCGGCUCCUUGUGUACCAGCUUUCGCGGCGAUAUCUCGGGAAUUGUGGCCGCGGUGAUGUUAUUCGCUUACCAGGCCUUUUACACCUGGGGCUUCAUGGAUGGAAUCUGGUGUUAUGGGCCUGAGAUCUUGCCUCUAGCGCACCGCUCCAAAGGGAUCGGUCUCACAACUGGCUUUCUGUGGCUUUCCACAUUUGUGGUGAUGGAGAUUGUUCCCAUUGCGAUCGAUGAGAUUGGCUGGCGGACAUACAUCAUCUUUGCUGCGUUCAAUCUCGCUUUCGUGCCGAUGGUCUACUUUCUGUACCCCGAGACCGCCGGGUUUAGUCUCGAGGCAGUCAACUUGGCGUUCAUGGAUCAAACCAUCUCGCCCGUCAAAAAGGCGGACGAGUUGUGGAAGUUGACCCGCGGUGGACACGACGUGACUUUGACGAGUGAGAUCGAGCCGAAGGACGAAAAUGUGCAGACAGAUCAUAUCGAAAUAACCAGAUAG